AUGUCUACACUUGCCAGACUGUUAAAGAGACUCGAGGUCGAAAGAGACGGACUGCCCGUUUCUGUGCUCCGAAACCCAGACCUGGAACCCAUCCCACAUGCCAAACGACAAUGGGCGUUCUGGUCCUUUUUCGCUUACUACGGCCUGCCUAACGUGUCCGCUGCCACGUUCAGCAUCGGGUCUGCGCUGCUCAGUCUGGGUCUCAACAUCAAACAGUCCAUAGGAACCAUAGUGGUGGGAAAUAUUGUCAUCACGCUAUACACAGUGAUGAACUCGAACCCCGGUUUCAAAUAUCAUAUCGGCUACACCCUGGAGCAGCGCAUGUUGUUCGGUAUCCGGGGCUCUGUGAUCGGAAUUAUUAUCCGGGUUGGUCUAUCAGUGGUACUAUACGGUUACUUGUCGUGGCUAGGAGCGCUGUGUCUGAAUUUGAUCUUCAGCUCGUGGUCCAAGUCAUAUAUGAACAUGAGAAAUACGUUCCCGGAGUCUGUGCCGAUGACUACGCGAGACUGUGUGGCAUUUUUGAUUUUCCAGCUCAUCCAAAUGCCCUUUUGUCUCCUGAAGCCCCGCAAAAUCAACACCGCAGGCAUCGCCUUUUGCUUCAUGGCGAUGUUUUCGGUGAUAGGGAUCCUAGCAUACACAAUUUCCGCAAACGGGGGACCUGGUCCACUGUACUACAAAAGUCAAGACUUGACUGCUAGUCAGCGUGCUUGGACCUGGCUGCUCGCCAUCACAAUUUGGUAUAGCGGGAUGUCUCCAGUGAUUGCAAACCAGUCUGAUUACUCGCGUUAUGGCUCCCACAAUCUAAAGAUGCAAAUAGGCAUUGCCCUUGGAGUCUGUUUAACUGGUACUCUGGCGCCCGUCGCAGGCAUGUUUAGUGCUUCAGCCACCCAGCAACUGUACGGAACUCCCCUUUGGCUACCGACUGAUAUGUCAUUGAAGUGGCUCCAAGACAGCUACACGGCCAAAGCUCGCUGUGCCGUGUUUUUCAUCGGAUUGAGUUUCACAGGAACUCAGCUUGUGGUCAAUAUGACCCAAAAUGGCUACGCGUGCGGGAUGGACUUGGCAGGACUCUUCCCCAAAUAUGUCAACAUUACUCGCGGCACCCUGUUCGUUCAGCUGAUUUCAUGGGUAGUUCAGCCAUGGACCUUUUUCAACACAACGUCCGCUUUUCUGGACAGCAUGACUUCUUUUGGCAUUUUUACAACGCCCAUUAUGGCCAUCAAUGUAGUAGACUUCUAUCUUGUCCGCAAGGGCCGCAUAUCUGUGGCUGGCCUUUUCACUUUGGAUCGCGAAGGAGCUUUUUGGUUUUACCAUGGCGUUAAUUUGCGGGCUAUAGUUGCGUUGCUUGUAGGAAUAGCACUCGGUCUGCCGGGUCUGAUAUUUUCGGUCAACACACAAUUGAAGCCCAACACAGCCAUGAAUAAUUUCUACAGUGGCUACACUUUCUUUACAGUGAUUGUUUCCGGAUUCCUGUAUUAUAUUUUGGUGCUGAUAUUCCCGAUCAAGCAGCGUGUCGCUGUGUCAGACUCAAAAGACUACUUCAAUGCCUAUAGUCUGGAGGAGUGUCAAAAAUUGGACAUGGUGCCAUAUUCUGAGAAUUUCGACACUGAAUACAUCGCCUUGGAAAAAGGUCAAGCCAGAGAUAGAGUGUGUGUUGAUCACAACGACGAUGACUUGCCACAAUCCACACAUUCCAUGAAAACCGAAGCUCAAAUGGUGAUAGUCGAAGCUGCAAGCGAAAAAAGAUGA